AUGAACAGAAACAACUCGUCCUAUUGCCUCUUGUCUGAGAUGGGCCAGGGGCCAGGGGGUUGCGGGGAUCAGGCGGGCGGCAGAGGGGGAGCGGGACAGCGGCAGGCUGCCGUCGCUGGUGGUGGGGGCUUGGAGCCGGCGGCAGUGCCCCGGUCGCGGUGUCUGCGGGCGGUCUGCGUGCUCAACGAGACGGCCAAGCCCCAGAGCACAGAGUGGGGUGCACUGCAGUGCCUGGAGCGGGCAUGUCGGAACCAGGACACCGAGCUCACCAUCCUCCCCUUCGGCCAACUCGACUUCGGGGAGACGCCGGUCCUCGACUCCUUUUACCAUGCAGACAUUGCGGUGGUGGACAUGACUGAUGUUUUCAGACAACCAACACUCUUCUAUCAUCUGAGCAUACGAGAGAGCUUCAGUAUGACAAACAACAUCGUUCUCUACCACAACACUGACCUGAAAGGUGCCCAGUCACUUAAGGCUACAAGUGGCAGUUAUCACUUUAUCCCCUACGUGACAACCACAAAUGAUGACUUCCUGUGCUGUGAAAAUGAUGUUCAACGAAGAGCCUCUGAGUACUUGCAGCCAAACUGGGACAACCUUCUGGGACCCUUCUGCCAGCCAUUAGUGGAGAAACUGAUCAGUCUUCUGAAAGAUAUUGACAUUACCACAAGCACGUAUUUGAAGGAUACUCUGCUGAGUGACAUUAGAAAAGCACGAGAGAAGUACCAAGGGGAAGAGUUGGCCAAGCAGCUAUCUGCCAUAAAGUUGCGUAUGGAAAGCACGGAGGUCAUUACACCUGACGUUAUCACAAACCUCCUUUUCUCUUACAGAGAUAUCCAGGAUUAUGAUGGCAUGGUGAAGUUGGUGGAAACACUGAAGGAGCUGCCGACCUGUGACCUGACUGAACAGCACAGCAUCGGCUUUCAUUAUGCCUUUGCACUGAACAGGAGGAAUCAACAGGGUGACAGAAAGAAAGCCUUAAGAGUGAUGCUGGAAGUCUUGGCGUCGUUUGACAAACCUGCCCCCGACAUGUACUGCCUGUGUGGAAGAAUUUACAAAGAUCUCUUUCUCGACUCAUACUGCAAGGAUGCAACCAGCCGAGACAAUGCCAUAGAAUGGUACCGCAAGGGCUUUGAGUUGCAACCAACCCUGUACUCUGGCAUUAAUUUGGCAGUCCUUCUAAUCGCCACUGGUCAGCAGUUUGAAAACUCAAUGGAGCUGAGAAAAAUUGGUGUGAGACUGAACAGUCUGCUGGGGAGAAAAGGGAGUCUGGACACGAUGAACAGCUACUAUGAUGUGGGCCACUUCUUCACAGUCAGCAUGUUGGCUAAAGACAUCAACAAGGCUGUUCUGGCAGCAGAGAAACUCUUCAAACUCAAGUCUCCUUUCUGGUACUUGAGGUCCAUGGUUCAGAACCUCAUGUUACUGCAGCAAUUCCAGAAGAUCAGCAAUGACCAUUCCCCCAAACAAGAGUGUCUCAACUUCUGGAUGGACAUCAUAGUGGAAGCAACGGAGACCAAUAGAAAUGGUCUACGUUUCCCAGUUCUUAUUCUAGAGCCAACCAACGUCUAUCAACCAUCCUAUGUAUCAGUAAAUAGUGAAGCAGAUGAGAAGACGAUCUCCAUAUGGCAUGUCUCCUCUGAGGAAGUGAAGGGGAUUCAUGAAUGGAAUUUUACACCUUCAUCCAUCAAAGGAAUAAGCAUAUCCAAAUGCGACGAGCGCUGCUGCUUCCUCUAUGUCCAUCGCAACUCUGACCAUUUUCAGAUCUACUUCUCCACAGAGGCUCAGUGCAGCAGGUUUUGCCAUUUGGUAAAGGAAAUUAAUGAUGAAGCAGCAAGCAGUGCGGAACUGGAGGGUGAUGCAGAGGGAGACACACUGGAGUAUGAAUAUGAGUACGAAGAGUCUGAAGAACGGGUAGUGUUGGGGAAAGGCACAUGUGGAGUGGUCUAUGCUGGACGAGAUCUCAGCAAUCAAGUGAGGAUAGCUAUCAAAGAAAUACCAGAGAAAGAUAGUAGAUACUCCCAACCUCUCCAUGAAGAGAUAGUGUUACACAAAUACCUGAAGCACCGGAAUAUUGUCCAGUACCUUGGUUCGGUUUCGGAAAAUGGCUACAUCAAGAUCUUUAUGGAGCAAGUACCAGGAGGGAGCCUUUCUGCACUCAUCAAAUCAAAAUGGGGUCCUUUGAAAGAUAAUGUGUCUACCAUUGUGUUUUACACCAGACAGAUACUGGAGGGCCUACUCUAUCUUCAUGAGAACCAGAUUGUGCACCGAGACAUCAAGGGAGACAAUGUUCUUGUGAACACAUAUAGUGGUGUGGUGAAGAUUUCAGAUUUUGGAACAUCGAAGCGAUUGGCAGGAGUGAACCCUUGCGCUGAAACAUUUGCAGGCACAUUACAGUACAUGGCUCCUGAGAUUCUGGACAAGGGUCCCCGAGGUUAUGGUGCCCCAGCUGAUAUUUGGUCUCUGGGUUGUACUAUCAUUGAAAUGGCAACCGGCAAACCACCCUUCUACGAAUUAGGAGAGCCUGAAGUAGCUAUGUUCAAGGUCGGGAUGCUUAAGAUCCAUCCUGAGAUCCCAGAUUCGAUGCCAGCUGACGCCAAGUCCUUCAUUCUGCACUGCUUUGAGCCUGAUCCUUUGAAGCGAGCUACAGCCGCCGAGCUGCUGAAGGACCCCUUCCUCAGGAAGACACACAGGUGCAAGAAGAAUAAAAUUGCCUUCAAGCUAACCGAGUCCAGUCGAAGCAUCUCUCUUCCCAUCUUGGAUGAAAACUGGGGUAGCAGUGGCAGUGACCACGGGUCAGUGUCACCAGACUUCGACACCAAACACGAUGCGUUCUUCGAGAAAAACGGAAGGCCAAAUUCAGACCAUCCGACCAGGGCUCUGGGAUCUCCUUUACUGAGUCUGCCUGAUGAGACUUCAUCCACGGAAGAUCGGAGCAGUCCCGUUUCCUCUGAUGAGAUAGACACAAGCCUCUUCCUGCUAAAGAAAGACAGCAAGCGCAGAUCCAUUCUCUACAAAAUUUUGAAUGCAGACCAGGAUCGGGUUGUUUCCAACCUGCGCGAAAGCCUGCAGCAGGGGCAUGAAGAGCUGAAGCUAUCAGUUGACCACCUAAAGCAGAUAAUCGGCAUCCUGCGGGAUUUCAUUCGCUUCCCCGAGCGGAGAGUGAUGGCCAGCACCAUCUCCAAACUCAAAUUGGACUUGGAUUUUGACAGCAUCUCCAUAUACCAGUUUCAGUUGGUUUUGUUUAGUUUUCAGGAUGCGGUUAAUACGGUACUGCGACACCAUCACAUCAAGCCCCACUGGAUGUUUGCAAUGGACAACAUCAUCCGCCGUGCAGUUCAAGCUGCAGUAACUAUCCUCAUUCCAGAGCUGCGUGCUCACUUUGGCCCUGCCUCCGAGGGUGAAGCGGCAGACAAAGAUGGAGAUGAGGUGGAAGAUCCUGUAUACCAACCGAGGGCACUUCCCCAAAACAAGGAGCAUCCCUUAACCUCAGCUGCAAGCACUUCCAGUUCCGCCACAUCACCAGGUCUACGAGAGUCUCUGAGCGUGCAGCUGGGGCAACUGAGACAGGCGUCAAACAGACUUUUGGAGGAGUUAGUGCAGAAGGAAAAAGUGUAUCAGAAGCUGCUUCAACAAACAAUCGAGCAGAGAGACCAGGAUCUGUCCAAACUUCAGUUAAAACCCAAACCAACAGGUGCAUUGUCUGUACCAGCGGCACAGCCUCCUGCACACCACGCACUGGAUCAGCAACUCGUCAGCUGGCUGAAAGAGCAAGGAGCAGACCCAGAGGUUAUAAACAGGAUCUGUGAAGAAGGCUACGUGUUAUCUGACCUUCUCAAACAUGUUACUAAAGAUGAUUUGCGAUGUCUACAACUCGGAGGAGGAACUAUUUGUCGACUGUGGAAUGCCAUAUUGAAAUUUAGAAAAAAUGCUAAGGACUGAACAAGUGAAAAUGAAAAAUAUGCAAUCCAGCCUUUUCAAAGUGUUAUUUUAUAAGAAUGACUAAAGCUGCUACUCUCCUAAGGGUAAAUGUGUAUGUACUGAAGCAUUUACUGCUCUUGAGAUAGUCUAUAACUUCUGUGUGCUUAGCUGCACUGAUAUUCAUCAUGGACAUAGUAGGUGAAUCUUGCACUCAAAGCUGACUUAUUUAAGUACAAUUGUUCCCUGUCAUUUCUGGGGGGUUGCUUAGUGGGGCUGUAUGGGUGAACUCAGAAAUAAAGUGAGUGAUCACUUUGAUGGGAUUGUACUGUAGGUCCCUGAGCGCAGGAAUUAGAGGA